AUGCUUUCCGUCAAUUUGUUGGCUACUGCAGUCGUUGGCUUUUAUGCUUCUUCUAUCAAUGCUGCUGAUUACGAAACGUAUCCAACUGUUGCUCACACAGCUUCCAUCAAUGGUUUUGCCGAUAAAAUCUACGACAGGCUUCCAGACUGUGCAAAGUCGUGUGUUCAAGAAGACACUGGUAACACACCAUGUCCAUAUUGGGAUCCAGGUUGUCUCUGUGUUAUGUCUAACUGGGGUGGUCCAGUUGCUGAAUGUAUUGCUGACAACUGUCAAGGUGACAAUGUCGUUACAGCUACUAGUUUAGCUACCUCUAUAUGUUCCAGUGCUGGUGUUCCAAGUCCAUUUUGGUUCAUUCCAGCCUCGGCCUCAGCAGAUUUACUGGCAGCUGCAGAAGCUACUGUCACCGAUGACGCCACUUCGUCAACUACUAUUGAAACCAGCGAUUCAGUUACUUCAGCUUCAGCCACUAGUGAACCAGCAUCUAAUGAGCCAGUUUCUUCUGCGCCAGCUACCAGUGAACCAGCAUCUAAUGAGCUAGUUUCUUCUGCACCAGCUACCACUGACCCAACCUCUUCAGUACCAGCCACCACUGACCCGGCCACUUCUGAUACAGCUGAAAAUCCAUACGCAACUUAUCCAACUGUUGUUCGUACUGCUUCUAUUAAUGGCUUUGCUGAUAAACUUUAUGAUCAACUUCCUGAAUGCGCUAAGCCUUGUGUUGAAGAAGACACUGGCAUAACUCCAUGUCCAUACUGGGAUCCAGGCUGUCUUUGUGUUAUGUCUAACUGGGGUGGUGAAGUUGCUGAAUGUAUUGCUGAAAACUGUCAGGGUAGCGAAGUUUCCACGGCCACUAGUUUGGCUAAUUCUGUCUGCUCCAGUGCAGGCGUCCCAAGUCCAUAUUGGUAUCUCCCAGCAUCUGCGUCUGCUGAUUUACUGAGUGCAGCAGCAGCAGCUACUGUGACAACAACAGAAGCUUCUUCUAUAUCAGCUUCCACUUAUUCAACCUCUUCAGUACCAGCCACCACUGACCACGUUUCUUCUAUACUAACCAAUAAUGAUCCGGUUUCUUCUGCACAAGUUGAAAAAUCUGGUUCGGAUGAAGGAGCUUUCUCUUCAAAGUCUUCUGUGGUAGCCAUUACUUCCGAUGCAAAACACACUAAUGAUACUUCCACAAUUACAAGCACAUCAAAAGCAACUGUAACGGAUUGUCCUUCCUGUACAAAACAAAUGACGACAUUCAAUUCCACUCAAUCUAACGGUUCAAUUAUUACUAAAGCAAGUGGAAUUGUAACAUCCUCGGACUCCAAUGGGGAUUACACUUCCACCUCAGUAACUAGUAACGAUUCAACUCAAGUUGAAUUUUCUACUACUGUCAUUACUGUAACAUCAUGUCAAUCAAACAAAUGUUCAGAUAUCUUAAAAACAACUGGUGUUACUUUUAUUACCGAAGAGCACACAUCGUAUACUACCUAUUGUCCCCUCCCAACAGAGUCAGAAAGUACCGUUACCACUAUCGUUACAAGCAUCCUUUCUUGUGACAAGAGUACAUGUAAAUCUAUUCCAACAACAAUCGCCAGUGCUAUCGCAAGUGAAUCAAAGACCCAUUCUAAGAGUUCAAACCAUGAAAGCAGCCAUAUAACAACAGCUGAAAUCAACUCAGUACCAACUUCACAUGCUAAUGAAUUUCCAUCACCUUCUAGCGUUACGUUAAUUGCAGAAAACCCAUCGAAUUCUAAUUCAAGUAGUAAUAACGCCUACCCUGAUACUGAAUCUUCUGGCUCUGGUCAUUCCGGUUCACAAACAAUCUCGCCUGUUUCCGUUUCCAAUGAAAACAGUUUCUCUUCAAUAUCUAACGCGGUUGAAACCACUUCAUUCACUCCAAGUGUGUUCGAAGGAAUUGCACCUGUCAACAAACAAUGGGGUUUGCCUUCUUUCGUAGCUUUAUUCGCUAUUGCUUUAUUCUAA